UGUUAAAUCGGGAUGGGAGGAGCAAUAAAAAUCAACUGGAAGGAAAAGAUCAUAACAAUCGAGUUAAUGCCAUGCGAGAAGCAAUAUUAGAAACCUUUCCUGAGCCAAAUCGUCGCUUAUUGCAAAGAAUUCUAUUGAUGAUGCAAAAUGUGGCUUCUCACAAAGCAGAGAAUCGGAUGAGCACUUCAGCUGUUGCUGCUUGUAUGGCACCCUUACUUCUUCGUCCCCUUCUAGCUGGUGAUUGUGAAAUUGAAAAUGAUUUUGAUGUGGGUGGUGAUGGUUCCAUGCAACUUCUGCAAGCAGCUGCUGCAGCUAAUCAUGCCCAAGCCAUUGUCAUAACUCUAUUGGAAGAGUAUGAUAAGAUUUUUAAUGUAAGCCUUACUUCUCUCUCUUUAAUUUGAAUUGAUCAAAUAUGAGAACUACUAUCAUAGGAAACUUUCUUACUUUUAAUUUUAGAGGUUAUCUUUUGCACGAGGGCUGUUGACUAAAGAUCUGGGUCUUGCAUAUGAAUCACGUUUAUGUACUUUGGAGUCUCAAAGAAUGUGAAAAGAAUUUGGCCAUUAUCCUUGAAUUUAUCCAUUUCACUUGAGCAGAAAUGGUUGUAUAAACCUUUCAAACAGUAUGAUUACUUUCUAGCUCAUGAAGAACAGGCCAUUCUCAGUGUUGCUCAAGUUAGUUAUGACUAAUAAUAUAUAUCAAAUGCCAGUAUUGAAGAAUUUGGCUUUCGUACCAUCAUGCUCACUUAAUUACAGCUAUUUUGAUUGUAUGCUUCUUAUGAGUUAGUAUAGCU